UCUCACUUCGUUGGUGCGGUUCGAUUUGAGCGGCAGUGAAGUGUUCGGCAGUCCAUUAAGCGUAGUGUGUUUACGUUUUUUUUGUUGUUGUUUUCGCUGACAUCGCUGGAGGUCGGUUACUGACCGACCCCGAAAAUUAGGGUCCAACCGGUGCAGUUUGGGGAAGUGAAUGUGCUUUGGGCGACUCGGAACUCCUUCUUCAAGUUCAACGGGGAUAACCGUGACAAGUCCAAAAUACGGGAUCAGGUUCUGGCCGUUGUUUCCGGAUUUAUGGCAGAACAAUAAAUGGUGUUGUGAAGAUAACCAAAAAAGAGUGCACUGACCAACGAAACAAAAAAAAGUGCACAAAACCAUUCCGUCGUCGAGGAAGAGAAAAACAUUCGCAGCCAACAAAGUAGAAGAUCAAUCAACAGUCCUACAACUCAACGCAGAUUGAACGAGAGAGAGUCAGAGAGAGAGAGCGAGAUCGUCAACAAAAGGGAAAACUCUUGCACGGGGUAGCUGCCCCUAAUUUCGCCCCAUCGGUCCAUUUCGCACCACGCGAAAAAACACUUCAGUGGUGGCGUUUCAGCGCGGCGCUUCUCGGCGUUGCUCAGCGUUUGAAGAGAACGACCGCGUUGAGCGGCUCACGCUCAGGAGUUGCGCGUAGACUGUUGGCGCGAGCAGACCGCAGAAAGCACGCUCAGACCGCGGUUCCGGGGCAGCGGUUCAAGUCAAAUUCUGUACUCUACCCCAAAGAAGGACUUGACUCGAGGUGAUCAGGUCCGGGGAAGAACCGGAGUGUUCAAGAGGUGAUCGUCUUAGAUCGUGGUUUAGAUCGUGCUGGAGCACCGACGAGGUAGGACGUGGUUCUUGAAGCAAAUCUCUGAAGUGAACUCCGCGGUGUUCAGUGAAAGGAAACGGUGAACUUGGCCGUUGACGGAGAUCUGCCUGGUGCGCUUGUCAGGGUCCUUUCGUCGAUUGAACUCUGAGUGCUGGCGUAGAAUAAUCGGUCAAAAAUGGCCGUCGAUCACACGCUGGAGGAGCUGAUGGGAAUGCUGGGCGACUUUGGUCGUUACCAGGGCUUCCAGUUCGUGCUGCACCUGCUGGCGGCCAUAACUGCCGGCCUGCACAUGCUUUCGUUGGUGACCGUGGCGGCCGUUCCGGAACAUCGAUGCUUCAUCGAGGGGGUGGAUUCGCUGAACGGGACUUCCCUGUUGAACGCUAGCAGUUCCAUGAUGGAUGUUGAUUUGCUGGGGGAUUACAUCCCGUUGAACGCGGCCGGUGAGCUGGAGUCCUGUAUGAUGUACCAGCCGGGCGUUACGAACGUUACGGUGGCCUGUACGUCGUACGUUUACAACACGACCUUUUACAAGACUUCGCGGACGAUCGAGUGGGAUUUGGUGUGUGGACGGCGGUGGAUGGGAUCGCUGGCGCAGACGAUCUACAUGCUGGGAGUGUUUACGGGAGCGGUUUGGCUGGGGGGAUUGGCGGAUAAGAUCGGAAGGAAGAAGGUGUUCUGCUGGUCGGGUCUGCUGCAGUUGAUUCUGGGAGUGGCGGUGGCGUUCACCCCGGAGUAUUACUCGUUUUUGGUGCUGCGAUAUCUGUACGGAAUCUUUGGUAGCGCUGGAAGUUACAUCACUGGAUUCGUGUUGACCAUGGAGUUGGUUGGUCCGAGUAUGCGAACGCCUUGCGGAAUCUCGUUCCAGGCUGCAUUCGCUGGAGGAAUCAUGCUGGUGGCAGCUUGGGGUGCGCUGAUCACGGAUCGAUUGCUUCUCCAGGUUGUGUACGGCUUGCACGGACUGCUCCUGAUCGCCCACUGGUGGAUCAUGGAUGAAUCUCCCCGAUGGCUGUGGAUGCAAGAUCGCAAGCGAGAAGCCAUCGACAUCAUCGCGAAGGCGGUUCGCAUGAACGGUCGCGGAAUACACGUCGACAAGGAGUACUACCUGUCCAAGGACAAGUCCAACUUCAUCUCCGAAUCAACCCCCAAAGCCUCAGCUGGACUGAGCGACCUCUUCAAGACCCCGAACCUGCGCAAGAUGACUCUGAACGUGUGCCUCUGCUGGUUCGCCAACUCCAUCACCUACUACGGUCUGUCCCUCAGCUCCGGCAAGCUCGGUGGCAACCCCUACCUAAUUCUCUUCCUGAUGGCCCUCGUUGAGUUCCCAUCCUACAUCGCAAUCAUCUUCCUCCUGGACCGUCUCGGUCGUCGCUCCAUCACCUCAACGCUGAUGCUCGUCGGCGGAACGUGCUGCAUCGUGGCCGCUUACCUCACCAAGGGUAGCAUCGAGUCCACCACGAUCGUCAUGUUCGGCAAGCUCUUCAUCGCGGGCUCGUUCGCCGUCAUCUACAACUACUCCGCCGAACUGUUCCCCACCGUCGUGCGGAACUCCGCCAUGGGCCUGGGAUCGAUGUGCGCUCGUCUCGCCGGAGCCUCCACCCCCAUCAUCAUCCUGUUCGACUCGUUCGACCCGAAGAUCCCCGCCGUCAUCUUCGGCGCCAUCUCGCUAAUCUCCGGCGCGUGGGUUCUGUUCCUGCCGGAAACCAACGGCAAGCCGAUGCCCCAGAGCUUACAGGACGGGGAGAACUUUGGCCGCGGUGAUACGGCCUUUUCGGCGUGCCUCGGACGCAACAAGACCCACCACGAGGACAUUCCGCCGGCGCAGCAGAUGGUGCCGCUAGAUACGAUUGAGCGAUAGGUUUGAAUCAGUACCAGUGGGAGCGUUUUUGUAAGGAAAACGCCUAAAAGAGAUUGUUUGUCUGAGCAUGUCGUGUAAAUGAAGUAAUUUUAAGUGAUAAAGUGUAGAUAUUCUUGUUGAAAAGAGUAGCGAGCAAUAUAUUUUAAUGAAAA